CACAGUUUGAAUUGUGUGUAUUGUAAUAACUUUCUCAGAUAAUGGGUGCAUUCCUCGAUAAGCCGUUAACAGACAAGACUUGCGAUUCGCAGGAAGCCAAUGGAAUGAGAGCAUAUAGUUGUUCGAUGCAGGGGUGGAGAAUUACGAUGGAGGAUGCUCAUGUGAUGUGCCCAAAACUGGAUGGAAAUGAGGAAACUGCCUUUUAUGGUGUUUUUGAUGGCCAUGGAGGAACAUAUUCUUCUGAAUAUUGCAGGAAUCAUUUACUUCCAAUUCUGUUAUCCCAACCAGAGUACAAGGGCAAAGAUACAACACCUGAUGAUUAUAAGGUUAUUAUGCGUAACGGGUUUUUGGCUAUGGAUGCGGAGAUGCGUAAAAAGCAAUCCGAUAAUGAUAACGAUCGCAGUGGCAGCACUGCCAUUACUGCCUUUGUGACGCCGAAUCACAUUAUUGUUGCUAAUUGCGGAGACUCUCGGUGUGUUCUAGCUCGUGAUGGGCAGGCAAUUCCCUUAAGUACAGAUCAUAAACCCUACAAUGCCGCAGAGCGUGAUCGCAUCAACAAUGCUGGAGGCUCCGUCAUGGCAGGCCGAGUGAACGGGGAUCUGGCUGUCUCUCGCGCCUUGGGAGAUUUCCCGUUCAAAGGGAACGCAGAUCUGCCUGCCGAAAAGCAGAUGGUUUCUCCAGAGCCGGAUAUACUUGUGAUCGACCGCAAUGAAAAGGAUAAUUAUUUAAUAUUUGCUUGUGAUGGCAUUUGGGAUGCGAUCACGGAACCUCAGGAAUGCGUGAAUAUCGUCAGCGAUUUGCUUGUAGGAGGAGAAGGGCGCGAAAUAGGGUCUAGGAAUCGUCUGUCUCUGUGGAAGUGGCACUUGCGGAUCUUUUUGAACUUUGCCUCCAGCGGAAUUCGAAGGAUAAUAUGACAAUGGUAUUGGUGCUCUUUAAGAACGCCCCUCAGUAGGUGAGAUGGAGCGAGGCGAUGUGUAGACCGGAUGAAGAAAAAAUUGAAAAGCGUCUUGAAAAGAAGCAGGAAGAGUAUGCGCAGGAGGAAGGAAAUACUGCGAUUUCUCAUUAAGGCGUUAUUAGCUGUG